UGAUUUUAUGACUCACUUCAUUUUCUCUCUCCUGCUUCCCUAUUGACAACUGCAUAUUGAUUUUGUUUCAAUUGGUUUUGUGGAUGAAACAGUUCAUGUGAUUAUUAAGUUCGAUAUUUAUCCAAAUUGAAUGUGAUAUGGUCCUUCAUUAAAUAGUUAAAUUUAUUUAUUUACCUGAUUAAAAUGAUUCAAACAUCAACCUUGCCAUCCGCUUCUUUCAUCAAUGACAACAACUAUAGCAGCACAUCAUUUCAUUCAAUUUUCCGUUACUCCUCUUUACCAACUGAUGAAAUUAAUGACAACAAUUAUUACGAUAGACGAAAAGAGACACUUGGCCAACGGAUAAUUCGGAAUUUCAUCCUGACAACCGCUUAUCUGUUGGUAAUAUUCACAUUUCCCAUUUCUAUAUGGUUCACAGUUAAGAAGAUAAAACCUUUAGAAAGGUGCAUUAUUUAUCGUCUUGGUAAAAGAUUACCAAUUAAAGGGCCUGGUUUGGUUAUCGUUAUCCCUUUUGUUGAUGUUAUUGAUUUUAUUGAUCUUAAUCCUCAUCGCCUUUGUGUUGUUAGUAAAGAGCAAAUGUUAACCAGUGAUGGAUCAUUGAUUGAAUUCAUUGAUUUUACAGUUGAAAUGACUGUAUUCAAUGCAAUAAGAACCUCUACUCAACUUAAAGAUUCUCGUCAAAAUGUUGAUCAGUUCGUGAAAUUGUCUUUUCUCAAUACAAUGGGAGGAAUCCAUGUUGAAGACUUGGAAAGAAAAAUGGAGUUCAUAAUUAAACAAUAUGCGGAAACAUGCAAUCAAUAUAUUAAUAAAUGGGGUUGGUCUAUGGUAGUUAUUGAAAUACCCAGAAUCAAAGUAUUGUCCCGAGCGGAACCAGUGAAUAAUGUCGUUAAAGCCUUAAAAGGCUAUUUUGGUUUGAAUGACCAACCCAACAGUUCCGCUGCCAAUCUUUUCAACUCUCUUUCAGCUACAACUAUGCCUAAUGCUCAAAGUGAUAAUGAAUUUUCAAGAAGUGAAUCAAAUCGAGGCGAGCAAAUAGUGACCCAAGAAGAUGAAAUAAUAAAUAAAUUACAAAAACUAGCUGAAGAUUAUCGAUACAUAAGUAUGUUGGGGAUUUCUUCCGUGAAUAUUACAUUAGAAAUUGAUGAAAGUCCAGUCCCAAAACAUUAUCAAUUCAAUCCUAAGACAGGUUCUAUACAUCAAAUUGAGUUGCAACCUGGAGACUCAUCUCAAAUUAUCGUCAAAGCAAGUUCAUGGGCAAACUUUCAUGAAGCGAUUGACCAAAAGGAUUUAUCCAAAGUACAAAUCACCAACAAUUUAAUUUAAACUAGUCAAACACGCAUGCUAAUUUAUUACACAAAUGCUCAAAUUAAGAUCAAUUACAUUGUAUCUUUUGCCGAGAAAAAUAUUCAAGAAAAAUCAUGUAUUAUAAUGUUGAAUACUUAAAAUUUUAAUUAUUUCCAAAAAUAAAUUGACUAUGUAAAUUGCACACUUAAAAUAAACUUGACCAAAAC